AGGAUGGAUGCUGUUGUUGAUUGGCGUCAAGAUGUUCGAGUCUGUCCCGGAAUAGGACUUGAACGUCGAGUCGGCAAACAGGGCAAAUAGGAGCUGCCUGAACUCGAGUUAUGACCACAAAUUAUUUCAGAUCAAUAUGUACGACCGGACCAGACUUCUCUCCCCCUCUUAAUAUCUUCUGCUACUCCUUUAUAAAGACCACUGUUGUAGAAAGCUCCUCUAACACCAGCUGCCAACAGUUGUUAAAUCGCACCCAGACAACCGCGUCCAGUCCAGCUCAGUUCCUAACUUGAUCCCGAUCCCGACAAGGAGUUUCAUACUUGUGAUAUCCACCGAGUUUCGGUUUAGUUCCUUUCAGAUGUUGUUUUGCAUUUUAUCGUACUGGCUGCUAGUUGCGGGCACAAAGGCCGACUGUCCGAACGUCCGUGAUGCUCCGAACCAAACGAGAAAACUGAGAAUGGAAGCAAUAAAGGUGCAGAUUUUGAGUAAGUUGAGAAUAACGCAAGAAGUGUCUUCUAAUAUCACGAGACAGAACCUCAACUUCCACACUAGAUGGCAGGUUGACGAUUAUUAUAACGAAUUUAAGAAGAAACAACAAGACAGCGUGAGAGAUCGAUACAACAAGGAUUCUCAUGACUAUUUCUCAAAAACGAUCAAAGUUUUCAGAUUCCCCGAAGAGACGAUCCUGACACCGAACACGAGACACUAUCAGUUCGACUCGACACUCGGCCGAUACAUGGCUACAGGAGCUACUCUCAAGAUUGGUAUCAGUCAUAGGGAUCCUGGGCGGGACCCUCGUAAGAUGACUGUCAAGUUGUACAAAUUAACCGGUCCUUUGGAGGACUUCCAAAAUGAUUUAUCCCGGGCUGAAGAUUUGCUCGGCCGACCGACACACAUGGAGCGCGUAAAAAAAGUGAGGGCCGCUAACGGCCGAACAUUCGACUUCGAUCUUCAGCUUACUUUCAGCAGAUGGUCGCAGUGGCCGGAAACAAACCAUGGUCUCCUGAUCUGUAUUGGGAAAUGUUUCCAAGAGUCACCCGAGAUAGGCUUUGAAGAAGUGUUUGAAGGAAACAACGAGAGCAACCGCCCAUUGCUGUCUAUUGACACUUACGAGGAAAACCAUUCGAGAAAGAAGCGGAGCGGUUACGACUGUGUCAAUCCCCGACAACAGAAGAAAUGCUGCAGGUAUCACUAUUACGUUAAAUUUGCCGAUCUCGGAAUGGAUUGGAUCUUGGCUCCGGAAGGAUAUGACGCCUACUAUUGCAGCGGAGACUGUCCCUUUAUGUACCUUGCAGAACAACGGUCAAGUCUGUACUACACGUUUGUGAUUGCCCGUGCCAACUACAACAAUCCUAUGGCCUCGCCCCGGCCCUGCUGCACCCCAGCCUCCCUCUCCGAUCUGAGCAUCAUGUUCAGCUCCGGGAAACUCGACUCAACGGGUCAGCCCCAGGACAUCGAAAUUCACAAUUUGGAGGACAUGGUAGUGGACGAGUGCGGGUGCUCAUAGCAACCGGGCCUUCUUGAUAUGAGAGAUUAGUCUGAGUCAAGACAAAGUCAAGUUGAAGAAACUCAAGCGAGAUCUGGAAGAGAGAAAGGAGGAGAAAUUGCUAAAGGAAACCUGGACCUACACCAAUAUAAUAGGCGUAUAGGUGUAAAGUGAAAUGUAUGAAAAGAUGUGAUAAGGCGAAUUUUCUUAUUUAUAUUUCAUCAAUGUUUCGAUGUCAGAUUUUAUCGAGUCCAUCCUAGCCAGCCUAGCCCGGAUAUUUUAAGUUGCCAAUCGAAAUAUAUGAUAAAUGUUUUGACUAUGAUGAUAAUAAAUAUAUAACUUAUUACGGUCUGUAAAACAUCAAAUCGAAAACUUUUAACUUUUACCCUUCCACAAUUUAGAGAAUUUAUACUUUUAAAGUUUUUACCUGAUUCGAUUUGGUGUUUUAUAGUUUAGUGCAUUUUUGCGGAGCGAAAAUAAACACUUCGAAGCAAGGACUUUUCAACGGUUUUACGAGUGAGAAACAGGAAUCCUGAAUGACAAUAAUGGUAUAUAAAACAGACAGGUUUUGUACAUUUUCGAAAAAAAGUAAGACUUGAACACUUUAAAUUUCAAAUAUUUUGAUACGGAGUUUGUACACUUUUAUUAAUUUAUUAUUGGAUGCAGACUGUUUAAAGGGGGUUUAAUUGGACCUGUUUUGACAUAUUGAUACACACCGCCAAUAGGCUGGGACUGAUAACGUAUUGAUUAAUGAAAUAAAUCAGUAAUGGCGAGAACAAUUGUCGCCGUUCAUUACGGAUCAUUGAUUUGAAAUUAUAGUAUUUGAUAUGAGACUCCCGCUCCGUGGAUUCUGCAACGACUGAUGUGAGCGAUCUGUACUUUUACUUGCUUGAGGAAGAGUUGUCAUGUAAAUUACUUUUGAGUGAAGUCAAUCCCACCAGCAACACACAUUACUCAGCUCUUGCAAGACAGUUCAAGUCUUCCUUUCUUUUAAGACAGAAUCAGCCUCCAUGUGACCUCUGUGAACCGGACAUUUUAUGUCGGUAACAGAUAUUCCAAUUCCUAAUCAGUCAAAAUUAAUGUGUUGCUGCUGGGAUUGAAAGAAGAUUGUUUUAAUUGUAAUUUGUUGCUAUUUUGAAGCUUCGUUGCAAAGUGAAUAUAUUUUAUGAAUUCAUUAAAUUAUUUCAAUAUUUAUGGUCACGAUGUUAGAUUCCCCGAUCAAAUGGAGCAAAUUUUAUGUGUUAAUAUUACAAAAAAUAUGAAAAUUCAACGAUUCAUUAUCCGAGACUAUGAAACAGAAAAUUUGCUACGUUUGAAGCACUAUGAGCAACAGCGUUUGUAAUUCUACCAACCCUUUUUGUACUGUGAUUAGUAUCAGUAAAAAUUAUUAAAGUCUGCAGAUAAGUAACUGGCUGGGCGUAUAAAUCAGUAACUGCCGGAACACGAAGGUGCAAGUCAUCUGUACUCUAGAAUUAGUACAUCUUUCUAGACUGAGUGACAGCUUGAACCCAUAUCUUUCCAAGUGCAAUAAAUCACAUUUUUUUACUUCGCAGAACUUUAUCAUAAUAGACUGAGUAGAUGUAGAUAUAAUAUUCAGCUGAUUCAAUAAAAUGUAUCCAAUAAGAAAUAGUCUGAUUACGACAAAUAUUGGAUAUUGGUCAUUACCCCAAUAGUUUCUGAUUUAUUUGCCGACUUGUAACCCAAAUAUAAUGUAAAAACCUCCGCCUCACUAUAUUAUGUUGCAAAUACUAUCCUCGAAAGAAGACGAUUUUGUAAUCAGUUUCAUAUUUCGUUGUAUAAUUCCCUGUCCAUGGCAUAGCCUUAUAUUAGAUUU